AUGUUCGACACCGUCUGCAGUUAUCCCCUACCAGCGGAUAUCUUUACACAGGCCAUUCAUCCUACGGAACCAAUUGUCUCUGUCGGCCUUUCUUCCGGCCAUGUCGAGACCUUUAAGCUGCCAGCCGAGCAUGACUCUGAGUCGGUGGAGAAGAAGAGAAAUGGUUUAGGACAUAUCGACACCAUCUGGCAGACGAGGAGACACAAGGGCAGCUGCCGAAGCUUAACAUUUGGGAUUGAUGGAGAUAUACUCUACUCCGCCGGUACAGAUGGCUGGGUGAAGGCUGCGAAGUCAGAGACUGGCCGGGUCGUGACCAAAUUUGCGGUUCCUAUGCCUAGGGCUAAGUCUCUGCAUGAUACAGACAGUCCUUGUCUGCUGCACGCCCUUUCUCCUCAGACCCUUCUCCUCGCGACCGAUUCCAGCGCACUCCAUAUAUUCGAUCUCCGAACCCCAUCAACAGAAGUGUCUGCCCGACCAGAACAGACGCAUUUUCCCCAUGAUGACUACAUAUCCUCUCUUACUCCAUUACCACCGUCUGAAAUGAGCACAUCAGGGUUCAGCAAGCAGUGGAUAACGACCGGAGGGACCACAAUUGCAGUCACGGACCUUCGCAGGGGAGUAAUGGUCCGAAGUGAAGACCAGGGUGAGGAAUUGAUCAGUUCUACCUACGUUACUGGUCUGAAGGCCGGCGGAACAAGCAAAGGAGAGAAAUUGGUCGUUGGAGGAGGCAGUGGAGUUAUAACUCUUUGGGAAAAAGGAGUAUGGGACGACCAGGACGAGAGAAUCAUCGUAGACAAGUCACCACUAGGCGGCGAGAGUCUAGAGGUCCUUGCCAAAGCUCCCGACGAGGUAAGCAACGGCAAAGUCGUCGUUGCGGGACUAAGUGACGGACGCCUAAAAUUCAUUCAAUUGGGCAGCAACAGCAUCAUUUCUGAGACCAGGCAUGACGAGGUCGAAGGUGUGGCUGGCCUUGGAUUCGAUGUCUGUGGCAGGAUGGUGAGCAGCGGUGGUUCGAUAGUCAAAGUGUGGCAUGAGGCCCCCGAGACAACCGGAAAAGGGAGGGAUAACUGGGCGCCAUCAAAACGGCACCUUGAAGAUAGCGAUGAAGACGAUGACGAUGAUGACGACGACGAGAGUGACAAAGAGGCUGCGGCAGAGAGUGAUGAAGGUGGGAAAGAAGAGAAAAAAAGACGGAAGCGGAAGAGAGGCAAGGGCAAGGACCGGACUGGCGGCCAGCAUGUCAUGGCCUUCAAGGACCUCGAUUGA